AUGGGGAACGAUCGCCAAGAUGUAUAUUUUCAAAAAACCCUAAUGGAGAAGACCAUCACUGUCAAGGUCAAAUUCUCAGAUAUGAUCGAAAAUGUAAAGGCCAAGAUCCACGAUAAGGAAGGAAUUCCUCCUGAUCAGCAGAGACUGAUUUUUACUGGAAAGCAACUGGAAGAUGGACACACCCUGUCUGACUACAACAUUCAAAAGGAGUCCACUCUUCAUCAUGUGUUGAGACUUCAUGGUGGCGUUAAGAAAAGGAAGAAGAAGUCUUACACUGCUCCCAAGAAGAAUAAGCAUAAGAGGAAGAAAGUUAAGUUGCCUGUCCUAAAAUACUACAAGGUGGACGAGAACGGCAAAAUUAAUUGCCUUCGUCAGAAGUGGCCUUCAGAUGAAUGGGGUGCUGAAGUUUUUAUGGCCAGCCAUUUUGAUAGACAUUACUAUGGAAAGUGUUGUCUGACCUAUUGCUUCAACAAGCCAGAAGACAAGUAA